AUGGCAGAAAACCUUGUCUCAGAGGGCGACCAGUUGGAGGAGAGCGUUGAUCUGUAUGAAAGACCACCCAUUUACCCACUACCAAGGCAGCGGCUUUUUGCUGUAGAGUAUCCGGGUUAUAUCAAGAAUGUACACAAGGUCAUUAGUACACUCGGAGAAAAAAGAGGACUUUUGAAGGCAGUCAACAAAGGUCUAGCGGAAUUACGGUAUAGGCAUAACGACCCAUUUUGUCAUCCUAUUAACGGGGAUGUCGUUCCUACUGCCAAUUUCUUGCUCAAAGUGACGAGACGGCGAAAAAAAUCUUCCGGAAAUCAGGGGGGAAACGCUACUAGCAAAACAAAGAACCCAAACCAGAAUUUUAGUUUUGAAAUUGUUGGAAUUAUAAAUAAGACGUGUCGAUUUAGAGGAAUGUCCGAUGCUCAAUACGUUCCUAACCCGUACGAUUCGAUACCAAACUUACGGAGACAGCUUGGGAAAUUCGACGUGGAAGGUAUGCGCAAGUUUACCUUUCAACAAUCCGAGGAUCAUACAAAGCCAAUACUCUUACCACCACCAUCACUGGCAAGAAUCGAAAUUCCGAUGGAAUAUAAAUACCAACAGAAUGUCUCGGUCAUUAAAGUCAUGAUACGUCCUAACGAGACGAACGUGCCGUCCGUCAGACUUAUAAAUCGACAUUGGAGAAGGAAAUUCGUUGCCUUGACAGUAUCAUUUGAAUCAGAAAAUAUCCUUGUAUACAUCCAAUUCUCUAAUGCUUUUAUGGCGCUUACGUAUAUUAUCUUAACAUGCACACUUAUCCCGGAAGGUCCCCCUCCUGAGGCUUUAAAUUAUGUGGAAUUACUGCCCAAAGAGCCUAUAGAGAAGUUGAAGAAGAUGUUUGAGGAACGUCCAGUAUGGACAAGACUAGCGUUACUUAACACGCUUCCCAGAUCGUACAAGAAACUCAUUAGGAAGCUUUUACCCUUGGUUGCCUAUUGGAUGGUUGGCGGUCCGUGGCGAGAUUGUUGGAUUUGUUACGGGUACGACCCGCGAAAUGAUCAAACAUCUCGAAUAUAUCAACUUCUUGACGUCCGAAAUACAAGACGGGGUUUAAGACUAGAACGAGCAAAACGAAUGCUAAAUGGGCAGCCAUCGGCUCUUUCAGAAUCUAGUCAACCGGACACUGUAACGUAUGAAAUGGAGACCGGCGGGGAAGACACGUCGACAGAUCGUAAUUCGCAUAUAUUCUCAGGGUUGACGAAGACACGAGACGUAGCAGUGUUCCAACUGUGUGAUGUUACUGAUCCUCUGCUUCAGCGUUUGAUCAGCUCUCCUGAAAAUUUUGUUGAAGUUUGUGACGAGCUAAACGGAUUUUAUACAAGUAAUGCUAUGAAGAAAAUGAGGAAAAUAUUACGCCGAAAAUUCGAGGCUUUAGAUGAGAAUGAGAUCUUGUCCGAGGAGAGUUUUAAGGACAUAUUAGAGAGGUACGCAUCGGAUAAUGAAGAACUCCCAGAUGAAAGCGGGGGCGAAGACGACAACGCAUCUGCAACAGGUGAGACGACGUCAGCAGAUCCUAUUUCGAACAGGAUUGCCGAAUUGAUGCGAAACCUUCAAAAUCAACAACAGUCGCAAGAUGCUACAGCCUCGCGUCCAACCGAGUUACUUUACCGUGUUGAAGACCUUGAAGAUUACGCCGAUAUUUUUGGGCCUGACGGUAGUGACUAUGAUGAGGAUGACGAAGACUUUGGCGAUAAUCAAUAA